AUGUUCGAAGUCGAGUGUAAUCAGUCGGGUAUCGAGCUCACUUUCCGCGUUGAUGAAACGUUCAGUGGAAUGGAAUGGACAAUGCUCGAUCCGUCACGUUUAUUACAGGUUCUCAUAAACCUACUCACCAACGCUAUCAAAUUCACUAAAGAUCGCCCGCGAAAAGCGAUCACCGUUACUAUCGGUGGUUCCUGGAGCCGUCCACCAAAAUGUUGGAAUGAAGUAACCUUCACCGAUGACGAAAAGCCCAAGACCGAUAUUACCGAGAAAGCGGAAUGGGGCGAAGGCAGAAUAGCAUUUUUGUGGCUCAAGGUCAAGGACACGGGCUGCGGCAUGACCAUGGAUGAGCAAAAGAAACUCUUCUCCCGGUUUUCUCAAGCUACGCCUCGCACACACGUCAAAUAUGGUGGUUCUGGCCUGGGCCUUUUCAUUUCCAAGUCUCUCACCAAAUUACAAGGAGGAGCCAUCGGAGUUCACUCCGAGAAGGAAGAAGGAUCGACAUUCGCGUUCUUCAUCAGCACCCGCCUCGCGCAUCCACCAGCUGACCAUGUUGCCGCUCGCGCGGUACAGGCGCGACCUGUUCCUCGCAGAACGAUGACAGGUGAGGAGGCUAUGCAAACGAUCAAACUCAACGUUCUUAUCGUAGAGGAUAACCUCGUCAACCAAAAAGUGCUUAGAAAGCAACUGCAAAAGUUUGGUUGGAACAUCAGCGUAGCUGGGAACGGUCAAGAGGCGCUAGAAUGGUUAAAGGACAGUGUCUAUUGGCGGAAUGAGAAAGACAGCUCUAACACUGAAGACAAACACGAACUCGACAUCAUUCUCAUGGACAUUGAAAUGCCCAUUAUGGAUGGUCUUACCUGCGCCCGGCUCAUCCGCGAUUACGAACACCAAGGCCUCCUCGCGGCUCCGUCGGCUCCUCAUUCUGCAUCAUCUACUCAAACUCAGCACAGGAAAACCUUGUCUGCCUCUUCCGCCUCCCACGAACGGGCUGAAAAACAAUCCCUACGCCUUCCUAUUCUAGCUGUCAGCGCGAAUGCACGCAUGGAACAGAUUGAACAAUCGCUGGCAUCAGGCAUGGAUGAUGCCAUCUCGAAACCUUUUCGCAUACCGGAACUUUGGCCCAAGAUUAGAGGAUUAGUGAAGAGAGUUGCGGACGCUGAUACGAGGACUAAGUCGUAG